AACAGCUAGAGGAAAAGAAUGAAAAAAUGUCACCAAAGAAGAAUUUGUGGCUUUCAUUGGAUUGACCCUGCUUGCAGGGAGUGAGAAGAACUGUGAUGUAUCUAUCCGUGAGUUGUUCGGAAGUCCUGUACAUAAUUCCAUGUACAAGGCCACUAUGGCUGUUGGAAGAUUUGAAGACAUUCGCUGUAUCUUGCGCUUUGAUGAUAAGAGGACCAGAGCCUUCCGCCUGGAAACAGAUCAUAUGGCAGCCUUCUGCUAUGUAUGGGACCUGUUCCUGGUCAACUGCAGACAGCGAGUCAUCCCCAGUGAUUGUGUCACUGUGGACGAACAGCUUAUGCCAUUCAGAGUACAUGCCAAGCAAGCCUGCCAAGUACGGCCUAAAGAUCUUCUGGGUUUGUGAUGCACGCAUCCCCUGUGCAAUAGAUGGUGUAGUUUACACGGGGAGACAACCAGGGGAAGAAGUUCAGAAGAAUCUGGGAGAAAGCAUUGUCCAGCAGUUGUGUAGUAGAUUUAGAAACACAGGUCGCAACAUCACCAUGGAUAAUUUUUUUUCACCAGUGUGCCACUCGCAGAGCAUCUCCUGGAGAAGGAUCUCACUAUCGUGGGGACUCUACGUCAGAAUAAGCCAGACAUCCCUUCCUCUGAUGAGGCCUUCCAAGUCCAGGGAGGUUUACAGCACAGUUUGGAUUCAGCGACAGCCUUACCAUGGUCAGCUAUAUCAGAAAGAAAGGAAAAGCUGGUGUGCUCCUGAGCAUGAUGCACCAUGACAAAGGAGUGGAUGAAGAUGGGCGUCAAAGCGCUGGAGUCGCCCCGGAAAAACAGGAGACACGCUGAUUUGGUGAAGACUCUCUCAUCUUCCAUUGGUAUGAAUCUGUUUCUAAAAUAUCAAGAUGGUGAAGCAUCAACUUCAGGCAGUGGUAUUGGCAGUGCAUGCGCACCUGAUAAUUGUCCAGUCAUAGACUUCAACCAGCCAUAAGUCAGGCUUUAUGAACGUAGUUCAAUACACAAAGACAGACUCGUUAAAGGCAGAGAUCGUGUGGACUUUAAAAGUGAUCUGCAGCAAUUACGGUUACAAAUCUUGUGAAAAUAAUUCGAAAGGGUUUGCAGUCAUGUUUCCAGACAGUGACAUGGCUAAAAACUACCACUGUGGGGAAAGGAAGACUUCGUACCUUGCUACAUUUGGCAUCGCUGCCCACUUUUCAUCUCUACCGAGGCAGAAAGUGAAGGCUGAAUCAGAAUAUGUCCUCCUCUUUGAGUCUCUAAAUCAUGAGAUGCAAGAUAAACAGCUGGACAUUCAUGUGCGAUUGUGGAAUGAUGACCGUGUCCGCACCUCUGAAUUCCUGGGACAUUCAGCAGCAACUGGUCUUCAGGAGCGUCUGGACCCUAUCGUGUGUGACUUCGGUCACCAAAAGCUGCUACAGCUCUCGAUGGAUGGCCCCAAUGUUAAUUGGAAGCUUUACAAAUCAAUUCAAGAACAAAUAGAAAAGAUGACCACCCGCCGUAUAUUGCAAAAUGGAAGCUGCGGUCGACACAUCCUCCAUAACGCAUUUCGAAUCUGUUGCGAGGCUGCUGGAUGGGGGGUGGAAGAUUUUCUGUCCAGCCUCUACAACUUGUUUCGCGAUGCACCUGCCAGGCGUGAGGACUUUAAACAAGUCACAGGAUCCGACACUCUCCCUCUCAUGUUCUGCAAGCACAGAUGGCUUGAAAACAUUGUGGCAGAGAGAGCCAUCACCCUGAUGCCACACGUGCGAGAUUAUUGCGAGGCAGCAACGACGAAGAAGGUGACCUGCCCAACCAACAGCUCCUUGACUGCUGUUCAGAAAGCAGCACAGGACCCCAUCUUUGUUGCCAAGCUUCACUUCUUUCUCAUGUGCGCCAGGCUGGUGGAACCAUUCCUGAAAUUGUACCAGACUGACAAGCCUAUGCUUCCCUUCCUCGCAAAGGACAUGUGCACCCUCAUCAAGACUCUGAUGGAAAAGUUCAUCAAGCCUGAAGUCCUUUUUAGAAGAAAAAAAAAAAAGGCAGCCUCCCUCUCCAGCCUUGUCAAGAUUAAUGUGGAUGACAAGUCACACUGGGUGGAUUUAUCGAAAGUUGGCAUAGGCUUUGCUGCUGAGAGACUGCUUCUGAAAUCUUGGCAUUGCAACUGACCGAGCUGCCAAACUUUCCUGGUAAACAUGAUAGAAAAGUUGCUGGA